AUUGUUUAAAAACUAUAGUGAUGUUAAUAUUGAUAAAGUCUUAAAUCGUGAUAGUAACAGAAGUAUUAAUACAAUGGAAUCAGUAACUUACCAAAGUUGUUCAGAAAAUAGCUCUGUAGAUGUUGAAAGUAUGAAUAGUAAUAUGACAUCUAUUAUUCCCCCAUCCAUCAAUAAUGAAAUAAUAAACAACCAACUAAUAGUACUUGAACCAAAUAAUCCUGUUAUGGUGAGAUUUCAAAAUACACUGAAACAACAUUUAUUAAAACAAAGAGAUAAUAUCCAGGAAGAAGUACUUAAAAUAGAAAAAGAAAUUAAAUCAAAACAAAAUGAAAAAUUGUCAUUUAUAAAGGAAAUAAACAAUACAACUUCUCGUAUAGAAACCCAACAUGGUUUAUUAAGUAAAUUCCAUGAAAUGAAAAAAGAUUUUGAAAAAACCAAAAAAGAAGUUGAAACAAGUGUUAGCCAAGGAAAACAACGCCAUAAUGAUAUUAUAACAAAAACAACACUUCAUACAAAAAAAAUUUUAGCUCUAAAGAGACAAUUAGAUUGUAGUCGAGGACUUUUAAAAGAACUUACAAAAUAUGAAAAAGAACAAGAAAUUACAUUUAAUAUUUGUAAUCAAAAAAAAUCUCAAGCGAAGCAUUAUAAAAAAAAAUUAUUAAACGAUCAACAAAAACAAGAUUUGUUAUUGUUAUCUUUAACUCAAGAGAUUCUUCGAUUGGAAGAUCGUAUGAAACAAUUAAGUGAACAAGCGGAGACAAAGUAUAAUGAAAGAGAAUUAUUAAAACAAAAAGUUAUGGAUAGCUCAACAGAUCUUGAUGCUAUUAAUGGAGAUAAUAUAAAAAUUACUUUAUUAUGGAACGAAGUCUUAAUUAGUAUUCAACAACGUGAUAAAUGUUUUCAAAAGAUAAAAAUUGAUCUCCAAGAAUCAAAAAAUAAAUAUCAUGCAUUACUAAUGGAAGCAAAUAGUUUCAAGCACAGUGUCCUUGAAGAAUUGCAUAAAAAUAACGAUCUACUCAGUUUUUUAAAUAAAUAUAAACAAGAAAAUAAUAAUUUACAAAAUAAUUUUAAAAUUAAUUUAGAUAAAUUUAACUGUUUAAAAGAUGAAUAUUCCAAAAUUAUACAAAUAACCGAAUUUCAAAACCUUAACUUAAAUCAAGUUAUAUUGGAUCAAAAAUCAAUUGAAAAUGAAAUGAAUACAUCAUUACAUUUCCUUGACAAAAAAUCGAGUUUGAAAUUAAAAUAUGAAGAAGAUGUUUUAAAUGAAUUGAAAAAACAAUUAUUUGCAAAUAAUAAUUGUGUUCAAAUAAAUAACAGAAUAUCAAAACUUAAAAUUCAAAAUAAAGAACAUGAAUUAAUACUUGUUGGUUUUGAAAACAAUUUGUCUCAAUCAUUAUUAAAAUUGGAACAAUAUCGUACUACUAGUUCAAAUUUAGAAAAUGAUAUAGAAAAGAAUACAACAUUUUUGAAUGAUCUAGGAUUUGCCUUAUCUACAUUAGAUUCAGAACUGAAAAAACUCUAUAUUGAUAUACAAAAUAAAUCAAAACAAAUUGAUUUGGAAAAUAAACAGAUGGAAACUAUAAAGAAAAAACAAGAUGAGGGCUGUAUGGUUACUCCUCAGAUGCAGAUUGAUAAAGUUAAACUCAAAAUUGAUCAAAUUCAAAAAGAAACUGAUUUAUUGAAACAAUGUUGGGUUGAGAAUCAAAAUAAAAAUAUUCAACUACUUGAUCAGCGUAAUAAACAAUUAAAUGAACUCAAUAAAGUACGUAAAUAUGCUUUGGUAAUGGACACAAAGAAUAUAAAACUAGAACAAGAAAUAACGGUUUUAUCUAAGGAAGUUGAUCAGUAUAAAAGAACUCUUACUAAUAUGAGAAGUACAAUUUUGAAACUGAAUGAAAAUUUUAGCAAAAAUAAAGGGAAAAGUAAUCAACUUUUGAAUGAAAAUGAUUGGUUACAUAGUUCUUAUUUAGCUGAAUUGAAGGAAAAUGAAAAACAAAAUUUAGAAUAUAUAGAUAAAUUAAAAUUAUUGAAAAAUGAUUUAAACGAAAUAAAAAACACUUAUAAUGAAAAACAACUUGAAAGUAAAUCAUGGGAUGCAAAAGUUCAGUUGCUUGUUGAUAUCAAAAACGAAAUAAAAAAUAAGGAAGGUGAUUUAGGUGAUAUUGAUGCUAUGAAACAUGAGAUCCAUAGAAUGCAGAUAAGAGAAAGUCAAUUAAAAAAAACAUUAAAAAAAAUUAUGACGGAUUUAGAAUUAAGCAUAUCAAGACGUGCAAUAAUAUAUAAUAAAGUUGCAGCCAAGGAUAUUCGUUUAAAGGGAAAAAAUGAAACCAAACAAAAAUUUUUGAAGAAACUUGAUCAUUUAAGAAUGGAUAUAAAAAAUAUUAAAAAUGAAUGUAAAAAAUUUGAUAGAACUUUUAAUGAUUUACAAUUUGAUAAAAAAGAAUUGGAAAGUAAACUUACAUGUUUAAAUGAUAAAAUCAACUACGUUCACAAAGAUAUCAAUGAAUUAAAUGAAAAUAUUGAAGAUACUGGUGCGAAAAAACUAAAGAACAUUCAUAAAUUAAGCUACAAACAAAAUUAUUUAAAAUUCUUAGAUGAAGUUAAUAAUGGAAAAUACCGUUUGUUUAUAAAAAAUGAAUCAAAAAUGAAUGAAGAAUUUGUAGCUGAGUGGAAAAAAAAUGCAGAUUUAAUAAGUAUUGUAGAAGGAUUAAAAAACGAUUUUCCCUACUUUGAUUUUCAAAUAACACGUUUGUUAAAUAUUCUUCAAUCUGUUGAUAGUUAG